GCCUUGUUGCUACAUUACCGGCAUUUCACCGCUGCCGGUCGGAUUUUUUAGUCGGCAGUAAAGCCACGUUGUAUUUAUCUUUUUUUUUUAUUUAUACCGUUUGUUUACAAUAUGCCUGGAUAUUCCGACAGAGACCGCGGCAGGGAUAGAGAUAGAGACAGAGGCUAUGGCGGUGGUCCACCUCGGUUUGGUGGAAACCGCGGCGGAGGCGGAGGAAAGUUCGGGAAUCCCGGUGAACGGCUGAGGAAGAAACACUGGAACCUGGACGAGCUCCCGAAGUUUGAGAAAAACUUUUACCAGCAGCAUCCCGACGUUGCCCGGAGGUCCGCGCAAGAAGUUGAACAGUACAGAAGGUCCAAAACCAUUACAUUCAAGGGGAGAGACUGCCCAAACCCUAUUGCAAAGUUCCAUGAAGCCAGCUUCCCAUCUUAUGUGAUGGAUGUGAUCAACAAACAGAACUGGACUGAACCAACACCAAUCCAAGCUCAGGGCUGGCCUCUGGCUCUCAGUGGCAAGGAUAUGGUUGGCAUUGCACAGACUGGUUCUGGCAAAACGCUUUCCUAUCUGCUCCCUGCCAUCGUGCAUAUCAACCACCAGCCGUUUUUGGAACGUGGAGACGGUCCAAUUUGUUUAGUGCUUGCUCCAACCCGUGAGCUGGCACAGCAGGUGCAACAGGUGGCUGCAGAAUAUGGCAGAGCUUCUCGCCUCAAGUCCACCUGUAUCUACGGAGGAGCACCCAAGGGACCUCAGAUCCGUGACCUGGAAAGAGGUGUGGAGAUCUGCAUCGCCACUCCAGGCAGGCUCAUUGACUUCCUUGAGGCAGGAAAGACGAAUCUUCGCCGAUGCACUUACCUUGUGCUGGAUGAGGCUGACAGAAUGCUGGACAUGGGCUUUGAGCCGCAGAUCCGGAAAAUUGUUGACCAGAUUAGACCUGACCGACAGACUCUGAUGUGGAGUGCUACUUGGCCUAAAGAAGUUCGCCAGCUGGCAGAGGACUUCCUGAAGGAGUAUGUGCAGAUCAAUAUUGGGGCACUGCAGCUGAGUGCCAACCACAACAUUCUGCAGAUAGUGGAUGUUUGUAAUGAUGGAGAGAAGGAGAACAAGCUCAUUCGUCUGCUUGAGGAAAUUAUGAGUGAGAAAGAGAACAAGACCAUCAUCUUUGUAGAGACAAAGAGACGGUGUGAUGACCUUACCAGGAGGAUGAGGAGGGAUGGGUGGCCUGCUAUGGGUAUCCAUGGAGAUAAAAGCCAGCAGGAAAGAGACUGGGUUCUCAAUGAGUUCAAAUAUGGGAAGGCUCCAAUUCUCAUUGCUACAGAUGUUGCCUCCAGGGGUCUUGAUGUUGAAGACGUGAAAUUUGUCAUCAACUUUGACUACCCCAACAACUCCGAAGACUAUAUCCACCGCAUUGGCAGAACGGCUCGUAGCCAAAAGACGGGCACAGCCUAUACCUUCUUCACUCCGAACAACAUGAGACAGGCCAGCGACCUCAUCUCUGUGCUGCGGGAGGCCAACCAGGCCAUCAAUCCCAAGCUCCUCCAGAUGGCAGAAGACAGAGGAGGUCGUUCAAGGGGAGGCCGAGGUGGUGACUAUGACCGUCGGGAUAGGUAUUCCUCCGGAAGGCGUGAUUUUGGCAGUUUUAGGGACAGGAAUAAUGAUAGAGGCUUUGACAAUGGACCAGGAAAGAACUUUUCAGGUUCACAGAAUGGAGGCUAUGGGGGUAACAACGGCAGCAGCAAUGGCUUCAGUGGAGGAAGCUACAACGGUAAUGGACAGUCCAACUUUAACCAAACUGGCUCCUUUGGAGGCCAGAACAACUUCCAGGCCCAACAGUUCGCCCCCAACAAGGCCGUCACACAGAACGGUGCUACUCAUCCCCCGUUCCCCUUCCCCCAGGUACAGGCUCCACAGCAGCACCCUCCUCCACUGGUGCCGUACCCCAUGCCUCCUCAGUUCUCUCAGUAAACACACCGUACACUUGAAAGAAGUAAUUUAUUGCUUUUUUUUGGUCUUUUAAGUUCUAUACUUAAUCCAGAUUUUUUUGUAUUUACACGACAGGGUUACAACAACUUGAACCUCUAUCAAGCCUUUUAAGAUCUGCAGUGCAGCAAUGGUGGCGUUGCGCACUUGUUUUUCCUAUUAUUUAAUUUGUUACAUUCCUCCGUAAUGUUUAGUUAAGUUUUGUACUAGGUAAUUACAGUGUAUUGGUUUUCAUGUGUAUCAUUGAAAGUGAUGUUAAGCUCCUACCUUGGAAGUGCACUGCAUGAUCUUUCGAAUAAAACCUCCAAAAACCA